AUGGCGGAGGUCACAUUGCUAGACGCGUUAGAGCGCAUUAAAUCGACAGUUGCCAAAAAUCGCACCAAGGGCUACAGUGAUCUCAAACACAUCGUGCGGCACAACCAGUCGACACUCAAGGACAAGUCGUAUCACGCCAUCUACGAUACUCUUUUCAAUGCGGCCGUCAAUGAGCAAUCAAAUUGGGUCAAUGCCAAAACCGCUUCGACACGCACGCUUGUGGAGAACAAGUUGUCCAACAUCGCGAGCACCCUCCGAGCCACUGUCGAAGCGGGUGCCACCGUUCUCAAAGCCUCGACUGCCAGAGCCGUGCUGGACCAUGUCAUUGACACCAUUUGCUUCAGUUCUGGUGAGGUCUGUGAGCCGAUCGGACCCGACUAUGCAAAAUGCAUGCGGGCUGUCUUGAGUCAUCAGCCGCACGUGGAGCUCAUGAACCAGGUUCUCAAAGGGCGCACCCAGAAGGAAUGGGAUCGUAUUGCCGCCUUCUGUGCCGAAUUCAUUACAUCACACGCGGCUGUUGAUGGAAGUCUGCCAGAGACUGAGCUGAUCUCGACCGCGGGCUCCUCGAUAAAUGGUCUCAGCUACCCGUCCUCGCGAUCGACCCAUCGGGAACCAGCGGCAUCGCAAGGAAGCCGCGCCGCUGUCAAAGUCGUCACCGACGAAAUGAUUGCCUGCAUACGGCUCUUGACUGCGGUACCCAAUGCACCGCUUCACAAGCAAGCAGAACCUCUGCUCUCCACCCUCCUUGAGUAUCUGCGCACAUCAAACGCUGCGACACGCUCGCAUCUUGACAUCUUCACCGCGAUCAACCAUCUAUUGUCAUGGACUCGCACAGAAAAUAUACAGCUCACGCAAAAGACGACCUGUCCGCUCAUCCGCCUCAUAAAGCUCAAUUGGUCAGCUAAGUCUCCUGCACUGCCACAAAUGACAACCACGAUUCUUUUGUUACGACCCUACAUUUUCCAAGCAUUGGAGCAAGCCGAAGGUGUAGGGCUGCUCCCCGAGCUCAACAGUCUGUUGUCGACUAUGCAAUCUGAGUAUGUCAAUAGACUCGAACGUGAACAGCUCGGCAUCGACGAUCUCCGCCUAGAGAUCAGUAAAGUGGACGACGCCAAAGGUGGUAAGGUCGGGACUACAUUGUUCACCCUACGARGCUCCGGCCCACGAUCUGAGUCGAGCUGGCUGGCACCUGGACUGCGAUCGGAGUCGAACUGGCUGCUUGUAGAAAUGCUUGCAUCGCUGUACAGUAUUUCGAUGAAGCAGGGCUAUAACGAGCAUCAUUCAGACGAAGACGACGCGGGCGCGAAUGACAAUCGAGAUGGUGACGUUCACCGCCCAAGAAAGCGACAGCGACGAAACGGUCAGCACGAACACAACGCCUUCAGCAACAUUCUACGUGGAACUACGAGCGGCACUCCUCGUUCCCGCGUUUGCGCUCUGCAGAUCCUGGCCUUUCUCGCACAGCGGACGAUGUUGACGCCGCAUCAGAUAAUUGAAGCGACUGAUAGCCUUUUGAUCUCGUGUAACRAAGAAGCCGGCAAUCUGGCAUCAUGGGCACUGCUUGCCCUUGGAAGUUGCGCAUCGCAAACAACCGCUUCCGACACCAAGCUCAUCACCCGAUGGACAGCUGCAUGGCAGCUCGCGUGCCGUGCCCUUGGUAACGCAUCCACCUGCAGAGCAGCAGCGUACGCAUUGUAUCUGAUGUUGCAACUUCGUCUCGUCUCCCAGGCCAGCAUUUCUGAUCUGGUUCAAACGGCUACGAACGCAAUGGAGCUGAGUGGGCCCAGUUCACUGUCGGACUCGGUGGCUUUGCUUCUGACCGCCAUCUUGAACUGCUCACAGCAAAUCAACGCCGAUUCUAGUCCUAAUGCUGCGGACAGCAUUCUGCGCUGGCUAGCUCACACAUUUACGCCGAGCAAGAUCGAGGACAAGCAGUACAUUUCUAGCACAGUGUUAUACGAAGCAGUCGAUGUUGUUCCAUUGAUCACUCUAUGCUUAGGGCGACAACCGCACACUUUCAACAYGGCAGGGUUCCCGGUCUGGGGUCCAACAGCCCGAGCAUGGUUGUCGUGCGAGCAGCAGAAAGAGCUCGUUGGGUACCUUCUACUGAACGACGUUGAGGAUCCACCGACCAACCCCGAGAUACAUCGAGAUCCAGGAUUGGCACCAGAAAGCUCUGCUGCACGUCGCUUUGCAGGAGAGACCGUUGUUCUAACGCAUUUGCUAACAGAAGCAACACGGGCCAAUGAGACUUGGUCGGCGUUGUUCAAAGAGCGAGCUCGAAACCCAAGCCAUGACUCGUUCACAAUGCUGUGCAAGGCUUUUCACGUCUUUACGUGUAUUUCCUCAUGCGUAGAAUUUCGAGAUGCUCGUCGACAAUCGCAGCUGCAGGAACAAGUGGCCACCCUUUCGAAAUCGCUGUCUGGGUAUGUUGGAGCGCCACGAUGCGACGAGACCAAGGCGGAUUCUUUCCUUUCCAUACUUUCCAUGGCUUUUUCGGGCCUGGACCUGAACCAAGGCAAUGGCGAAAUUGCGCGACUGAAGUGCGAGACCUUGAUCUGCCGUACUGUCGCCAAUGCCGUUGAUCUUCGGCGCAUAGCAAUUCAAAGUGCCAACGACAACGACGAUGCAAUGGACGUUGACGAACCCUUGAACUCUCAAGMCAGUCGACGGAGUCAAGCCUCGCUUUCAACCACCGAGCUCACAAACGACUUCGACGUCGCGUACAGCUUCCUCUCUUUGAGAGCAAGUAUCACGCUCUAUGCAAAUGUUGCUAUUGCCCAGGAGAACGAGAAACUGACGCAGGCUACCUCUCAGCCCGUGUCCACGACUAUCACAGACUUUCUGCUUGCACAGACAGUGACCUCCCUCCUGGCCAGUCGUAGCGUAAUCACUUUGUUUCCGCGUCUUGGUUUGAUGCUCAGUGCAAAGGAUGCCAAGUGUCUACUGGAAUUGUUUGGCGAUUUGCUGAGCAAGCCUAAGCACUACCGAUCAGAAGUGACCCUUGGCACGAUUAUUGAUGUUUUGCAAAUUACAGCGGAUGUGUGGACGGACCCAGGCAAUAAUCAGCUCUACUUCUUGGGCUUGCAGCUUUACGAAUGGUACUCGACUACGGCUCUGCCUGAAGAAAUCCUUUCGCGGAACACCCAGAAUCGCCUCGCAACAUUGCUGCUAAGACUUUGCCAGAUCGAUACUGGAUACCCUCACCAUAGCGAAGACACUUCCGCCAGAUCUUGCCUCUCAAGUUUGUUCGACUUGUUGAAAAGAGGCAGCAUCACCAUGCAAUUUCAACUAGCGGGUCAGAUCUCGACGGUCUUUGGUCGCUCUGUCCUUUCUACACACGCAGUCAUGUUCGAAGACCUUUCGGAAAGCCUGCCCAAGGAUAUGGACCAUGUUGAAGGCAUCGCUAUUCGACUGCUGUUCUUCGUGAAGCUGGGAUCGAAAUGGCAGACACUUCUCCUAUGGUGUGUUUAUCGCAUUUUCGAGGCAGGCUCGGCGCCUCAUGCUGCUCUCUGCAUCUCCAAUUUGGCCAAAAAUCUUCCAUCGAAAACUCCUCGAACUCUGUUCACGCUGUUCGCGCGGCACCUGCUAUUCAAAUGGCUGGCUCCCAGGCUUCCUAGAGACUACAUUCAAGACACCGCUGCAAAGAUACCUUGGCCGCAGGGAAUGGGGAUGCCUUUGCGGGAACUGCCAUAUGCCUCUUUCCAAUAUCGUUCUUUGAACGAGCUAUYGGUAGACAACCAAUCAGAGGUCUGCGCACAGAUCGUCAUGUUCGGUGACAAGGCAGACAUGGAGCUUUUGUCAAAGGCGACGAGAAUGUUGCCACAGUCAAUAGUCAAGUCGGCUUUCGCAAAGACUCUCGCAUAUGCAAUGGCUUACGAUAUUCGAAUGAGUUCUGGCCUUCCUAGCCCCCUCCGGGAAAGAGAGCACUAUGUUCGAGAUGCUGUCGGGGGCAAAGAAGACCAAUCGAGGUUGACCAAGGAUCAAUGGUCUGCCAUACAGGGGCACUUCUUCCUCACCACACAGCAGGAUGACAUAGAAGACAAGUGGUUGGAGAAAAAUCCAAAAUACAGCGGGCAACUCGGCGUUCUCAAGGAGAUGAAACAGUACAGCCACUCAGCGCGUCAAUUGCCUGACAGCCAAGAACCUGCGUUCACCAGCAACAAGCUCUGUGAGCAAAUCGAUCGACUAAGCAGGCGAAUCAAAGAGGAUGUAGGGUGGACGGCUUCCAGGUUCACACUUGCAGCUCGCAUGCUACUAGACGCAGUAGAUGAUUCGCUUGGGUCUUUACACUCCUGCCUCCUGAUACGUCGCCUCCGGAUUUUGAUAUGCAUGGCUGGGAAUGUUGCCCUCAGCGGAUUUCCAUUGGAAAUGCUCAUUCACUCACUCCGGCCAUUCGUGAACGACAGCGAAUGCGCGGACGACACCUUGGGUAUUCUCCAAUACCUCUUCAAUCACGGGCGAGAGCAUCUCAGAUCGAAUCCAAGCUUUCUCGGUGGUACAGUAGCCUUGCUUGUUCUACAACUUAGGCAGCACUCCAACUCGCGGCAAAGCAGUACCACGCAGGAAAGCCAGCAUAUAGCAACUGUUCACAAGAUGCUGGGCUUUCAAAAGUGGCUUGUCAAAUACCUGACGCAAGCCACAUUGGACGACCAAGGGCGCUCCGCCUAUGCCGUACUCAGCAAGGCCUUGGACAUUCUGCAGCUACCUGGAAAUGCUCGAAAGGAUAGUCCAGAGGGUACACUAUUGAUGUUCCUCCUUGAUCAGUGGUGUUCUCCCAAUCCUCUCUGCUCCAGUACCGACUGCUUCGAAGCGUUAUGCAUGCUCGCUCAGGGCUUCGAAGCUCCAAAGUCAGCGGUGGAAGGUGUCGUUGGUGAUGACGAAGCAUCAGUCAAGUACGCGCAGCCAUUGUGGGAGGUCUCCUCGAAAAUGACUGCACURCCGAUGACACAAGAGUUCACUGCUUGGUCUGCUCGUGUGUUGGGGCGAGCGUAUGCUUCGACUGGUAUACGUCCAAAUCUCCCGUUGCACGGAGCCUUACAGUCAGCGCCACAGAAGCCUCCAAAUCUGACAGAAGACGUACAGCUAACUGCUAGAUCUCAUAUGAUCAUUGGCCAGAAGUGGUCUGAGCUACUAUUCUCUCGGAAGCGCCUGGAGUCUGGCCUGGCCGAGCACACUCUGCGGAAGUUGGCCGAUAUCAUUAACACUGAAGCCAACGAAGCAAAUGUAUUCUCUACGGUCUUGUCCCCAGACAUUUAUGUAGCUAUCCUGGAUGGUACAUGCGGCUACGAGCCACCUUCCGCGAAUCAGCGUGCAUAUGCCGUGGUCAACGACGAUGCGUUGCGUGAUWCGCUGCAAAUAUCCAAGUCACAGACUCUCGAAGAAUGGACGACGGAGCUUGCGGUCACUGCCUGCAGAUGGGCGUCGAAGGUGACUGUCAUCGCCUGCUUAGCUCCUCUGCUCAGGAACAUUCCCGACCUGGCCACUGAGCUUCUUCCAAGUAUGCUCCAUAUACUGCUCGUUGAUGAGAUUGACAAGAAACCAACUUUACGAUCGGAACUUUCCACUGCGAUCACCUCUCAGCUGACCGAGACGGAUCCUGCUCUGUGUUCGAAGCAACAGUUCUGGCUGAAGCUGCUACUCUACCUACGAAGUCAAGCUUAUCCCCGCGAAGCCACCAAGGCCGAUCGUCUUCGAUGGUUGGAUGUUGACUAUCUAGUCGCCGCCGAUGCCGGUUCGAGAUGCGCUAUGCCACAUUGUGCGUUGUUACUCGCGGAAUCAAUAGCGCCUGUCCCACAAACCAACAAGCGUUCGUCCAGUCGAGCUUCACUAUCUCAACUGUUUCAACCGCCUGUUGCCGAUGAUCUCCUGCUAUCAAUAUAUCAGCAGCUGGAAGAGCCCGACUCAUUCUACGGAGUCCAGCAACCCGCCUCCCUGGACAACGUCCUCAACAGGCUGGAUCACGAAGCAAAUGGUCUACGAAGCCUCAUGUUUCGGUCUGCUCAGAUGGACAGCCAUAUGCGCCAAACACAUAGGCUCGCGGACAGCGACGCUGUGGGCAUGGUGCACUCUUUGUCUGCACUCAAUUUCAAUAGCUUGGCACUUGCUUUKCUAACCCACGGCUUGGGGAAUAGCUCCAGAACCUCUACAGAUAUGAUGGGCGCAGCACAAGCGUUACAGCAGUGGGACAUACCCCUGCCUGAGACAUCCACUGGGGUGCGAUCAAUCACUUUCUCCGUUUUCCAGGAGCUGAGUCGCGCGACCAGCCUCCAGCAAGCACGGGAUAGGUUGCAGCUUGCGGUCGUCGAUCACGCCCAACAUGGACUGUCUUCUGGAGGGUCGUUGAAAGCCUCGCCUUCAUGGUUCGGAGUUCUCGCCAGUCUUACAGAGACCGAGGAGAUACUGUCGUCUAUGGACUCAGGGGACAUGAUAUCCAGAUGGAGCGCCAUGAAGUCACGAUCAGACUGGAUGCGCAUGGCUCAGUACGACGACGUCAAGUCGAUCUUGUCAAAUCGACAAACUCUGUUUGGCGUCCUGGUUCAAAAUGCAAAUCUACAGCAACAUCUUCACGUGAAUCAGAAGCAAGCUCGGGGGUUGGAAGUCGAGGCGUUACUUGCCGAAUCGCGCUUCGCUCGCGAACACUCCCACCUUCAGGAAGCUCUGGCAGCCACAACGACCCUCAGUGAUAUGGUUUCAGUCUGCGAUUCCGUCAAUCUCACGAUAGCAGGCGCUGUGAAGUCCGAGACGGCUUCCGUCCUGUGGGAUGCCGGCGAGACAUCAGCUUCUGUGAGAAUGCUUCAAGAUGCACUGGACAUUCCAGGCCUUGCGGAGCACGAUAUCCAAGUUGGUGUGGCCGGCUUGCGGGCUCAAUUGGCGCACAAGCUCGCCGAGGCUCGUUUGGAGAAGCCGGAUAUCAUCUUCAAAUCAUACCUCAGGCCCGCGAUCCGCGAUCUCAAGUCAACAAAACAAGGCAAGGAGGCUGGGAUCGUCUUCUACGAAUUUGCCAAGUUCUGCGACGACGAAUUGCAGGUUCCAGCAAAUAUUGAGGAGUUCAAUCGCAUUUCUCAACUUCGUCAAGAGAAAGAGGAAGAGGUCGAAGCCAUUGAGAAUGCCAUAAGGAGAUCCCACUCAAAUACAGAGAAGAGCGACCUGAACAGAUCUCGGCAGACAGCAGUCGGCUGGCGCGAUCUUGACAUCAUCGAAGAGCAGCGUUUGAGGUCAAUCCGCGGCACGUAUGUCGAACAAAGUUUGCAGAACUAUCUGCUCGCGCUGUCCGCAUCUGACGAUCACGACAUCUGCGUUCUGCGUUUCUUUGCGCUUUGGUUGGAAUACUCCAACGAUGCGGAUGCCAACGCCGUUGUGCUGAAAUACCUGCCACUGGUGCCAAGCUGGAAGUUCGUGCUCCUGAUGAACCAGCUCAUGUCUCGCGUAGGCGGUGAACAAUCCACGUUCCAGACAGCGCUGUCGGGAUUGUUGCUUCGCAUCUUUACGCAACAUCCACAUCACAGUCUACACCACCUGUUCGCCAACACUAAGAACGGGAGUGCAAGUGGCAGUGAGGCUGCCGCUGCGUCCAGAUAUGACGGUUCGAGGAAACUGUACGAGACUCUCAAGAAAGACAGCAUCGGUACCUAUAUGCAGCGACUCUUUCAUUGUGACGUGCUGUAUAGGGACUUUGCAAACAGCUCUCCGUCAAACAGCGGCAAGUUCUUGUUGGAAAAAUGGCGGCCGUCUGAGAAGAUGAGACAAUUUCAUGCCACUCGGUCGAGCAUUCCGCCCAUCACCCUCACUUUGUCCCUACGWCCUAAUGGAGACUACAACGAUAUCAUCACUGUGGUUAGGUUCUUGGACGUUGGCUCGAUACUGGGAGGUGUGAGUGCGCCGAAGCUCAUCACAGCCAUCGGCAGCGACGGUAAAGAGUACAAGCAGAUCUUCAAAARCGGUAGGGACGACCUUCGGCAAGAUGCCAUCAUGGAGCAAGUGUUUGAAGAAGUCAGCAAGAUGCUUCGACACCACAAGCCGACCCGACAGCGUGAUCUCAAAAUUCGCACGUACAAGGUCGUUCCGCUCGGACCCGGUGCGGGUGUUAUUGAGUUUGUUCCCAACUCGAUCCCGCUGAUGGAGUACGUGAAACCCGCGCAUCAGAGAUAUCAUCCUCAAGACCUGCAGGACAGCAAAGCACGUAACAUGAUCAGAGCCUGCGACAAGUCCAGCGAUGAUGUGCGAAUCAAGGAAUUUCGCAAAGUGUGUGAGCGCAUUCAUCCCGUGCUGCGCCACUUCUUCUUGGAGCGUUUCGACAAUCCCGAUGCAUGGUUCCAGAAGCGCACAGCGUACACACGCACGACGGCCAGCGUGUCCAUUCUCGGCCACAUCAUCGGGUUGGGCGAUAGACAUUGCAGCAACAUUCUGCUUGAUGAAGUUACUGGAGAGGUCAUUCACAUUGAUCUCGGCGUCUCAUUCGAAGCUGGUCGUGUCCUACCGAUUCCCGAAAAGGUUCCAUUCCGCCUCACUCGCGACAUUGUUGAUGGUAUGGGCGUGACCAAGACUGAAGGUGUGUUUCGCCGCUGCUGCGAAUUCACCCUCGACGCCGUGCGGGAUGAUAAGGACAGCAUCAUGACUCUGCUCAAUGUCCUGCGGUAUGAUCCACUGUACAAUUGGACGGUAUCGCCAUUGCGGGCAAAGAGAAUGCAGGAAGCGGGUGGAGUGGGACAUAAAGGUGGGGAAGAGACUGAGUUGUCGUCGAGAAAGGGAGGUGGUGAUGGGGAGGCGGAUAGGCCUCUACAAGUUGUGGAGAAGAAAUUGUCCAAGACGCUCAGUACUGCCGCGACGGUCRAUGAGCUGAUACAGCAGGCUUCGGACGAGAAGAAUCUGGCUACGCUAUUUGUCGGAUGGGGCGCCUGGUACUGA